AUGGCUAGUGGAGCUUUCCUUGAUGGCUUCAUUAAAGUUGUGUUUCAAAGGUUGCUCACAAUGGAUACGGUCAACCAGGUCUUGGGCAAGAAGCUUGGCCCUGACUUGGUUGAGAGGCUGGAAAUUUCUCUGAAAGCUGCUGAAGCUGUGCUUGAUGAUGCUGAGUACAAGCAACUGGGCGACGAUGGUGUGAGGGUGUGGCUCAACAAACUGAGAGAUGCUGUUUAUGAUGCUGAUGAUUUUCUGGACGCUCUACUCACCAAAGCCGCCACUCAAAAGAAGGUACAUUCUUUAUUGCCUAGUUUCUUCCUCAACCGACAUAGAAAGAUGGUAGAUAACAUGGAAGGAGUGGUUUCAAGAAUAGAAUUUCUUGUAAGGCAAAAGGAUAUCCUUGGUCUUCAAAAGACUAUCAAGGAUAAUAACUUGUCAUCAUGGCGAGAAACCACAUGCCUGAUGGAAGGGAACAUAUAUGGCAGGGAGCAUGAUCAACAAGCUCUAAUCAAAACAAUAAAUGACAACAGUGAAUCUCAGUUAUCUGUGAUUCCUAUUGUUGGCAUGGGUGGGGUUGGUAAAACAACCUUAGCCAAAUGGGUGUACAGUGUCGCGGAAGGGUUUGAUCUGAAAGCAUGGGUCUGCAUCUCUGAAACAUUUGAUGUUGCUGAGAUUACAAAGAAAACCAUUGAGGAGAUUACUAAAAAUUCUUGUACCCUUGGGACUUUAAAUUUGCUUCAAAAUAAACUGCAGGAAAUCUUGUCGGGAAAGAAGUUCUUUGUUGUUCUAGACGAUGUCUGGAGUGAUGAUGCCGAUAAGUGGAAGCAAUUUCUAACUCCUUUUCAUUGUGGGGCUAAGGGUAGGACAAUUCUUCUAACAACUCGCAAUCAAAAGGUUGCUUCAGUAGUUCAAACAUGUCCCUCUUGCACUCUUAAUGAGUUGUCCGAAGAGUCUUGCUGGUUAUUGUUUGCAGCCAAUGCAUGUUUUCCGGAGUUAAACGGGAACCCAACACUAGAGGAUGUCGGUAGAAAGAUUGUCAAGAAGUGUAAGGGGUUGCCAUUAGCUGUAGAAACACUUGGGCGUUCGUUGCGAGGAAAGGAUGAUGUUAAAGAAUGGAAUGUUGUUUUAAUGAAUGACAUUUGGGAAUUGAAAAAUAGUAAAAUUAUUCCAGCAUUGUUAAUAAGCUACUUCCAACUACCUCCUUACAUGAAGCGUUGUUUCGUUUAUUGUUCAUUGUUUCCCAAAGAUCAUAAGUUUGAGAAAAAUGAACUAGUUUUGCUGUGGAUGGCUGAAGAUCUUUUAAGGCUACCAAAUGGAGGAGAGAGUUUAGAAGAGGUUGGUUCUGAGUGUUUUGAAGAAUUAGCUUCGAGGUUAUUCUUUAAAAAGCUUCAAGACAAUGACAAGUAUUUUGUGAUGCAUGAUCUCUUGCAUGACUUGGCAAUAUUCCUUGCUGGAGACUUCUAUUAUAGAAUAGAAGAGCUUGAUGAACAAGAAAAGAAGAAGGUUCUCACUCGUCAUUUGUCACAUUUGCCAUAUGGAAGCUUAGAUCAUCCAAUCUCAAAAGUCUUUAAGUCCGAUAUGAAAUCAGAAUCUUUGAGGACAUCAUUGUAUAUCGAUGAUUUGUUAAGCAAGAAAAGCAGAGCAUCAAAGUUGAAAUACUUGAGAGUUUUAUCCUUUCGUCAACUUGGUGCAUUACCUGAUUCAAUAGGUAAAUUGAUUCAUCUACGCUAUUUGAAUCUCUCUAGGACCUAUGUGAAGACAUUACCAGAGUCAUUAUGCAACUUGUAUAAUCUACAAACAUUAAUAUUGUAUCAAUGUCGUUACCUGACCAUGUUGCCCAAUGGCAUGCAUAAACUUGUGAAUUUACGGCAUCUUGAUCUUAGGGGAACUUCUUUGAAAGAAAUGCCUAGAGGAAUAAGUAAAUUGAAACACAUGCCUAUUUUAGAUUACUUUGUGGUGGGCAAGCACAAAGACAAUGGAAUGGAGGAAUUAGGAGGGCUCUCAAAUCUUGAAGGAUCAUUUGAGAUUAAGAAGUUGGAGAAUGUUGCUGAUGUCAGACAAGCCAAGAGUGCAAGGAUGUUGGAGAAGAACCGCAUUGACAACUUAUCGUUGGAAUGGUCUUCAGGUAAUAAGAUGGUUUCAAACAUAGAGACUUUGAGAGAUAUACUCGAUAAUUUGCAACCGCACAAUGGGUUGAAAGAGUUGAAAAUCAAGGGAUACAAGGGCGAAAGAUUUCCAGAUUGGGUGGGGCACUGUUCUUACAACAAUAUGACAAGUGUAACACUAGCAUCUUGCAAGAAUUGUUGCAUGCUGCCUUCACUUGGACAACUGCCAUCUCUAAAGUCCCUGCGCAUUGAAGGUUUUGAUCAGCUCAAGCGUAUUGGUGAUGAGUUUUACAAGAGUGACAGCGAUCAUCAUUCUUCGCCUACUGCACCGUUUCCCUCACUGGUGACGUUGGAAUUUCAUAAGAUGCCAUGCUGGGAGGAGUGGCACGUACCUGACCCAGAAGCUUUUCCUCGGCUUAGGACACUUGAAAUAGUAGAUUGUCCAAUGUUAAAUGUUUCCAAAGUAGAAAUGGGGGAAGAUGAUGAAGAAAGGUGUGAUGAGAUGGUAGGUGGUGGGGAUGCUUUAUCAAUAAGGCCAUCUCAAUCAUUUAAUGCAACCACCAUCAACCAUCUAUGUUGCCUCCAAGAACUAUGUAUUGCUGGGUGUCUCUCUAUUGUAUCCUUUCUGGGCAAUUGUUUACCCAAAUCUCUGCAAAGGCUGGAAAUCUGGUGUUGCCCAAAAUUUGAAUUCCCCAAGCAACAGCAGCACAACUAUGAUUUGGUAGAGCUACAGAUAGUUUUCAGCUGCGAUUCACUGACCUCGUUUUCUUUAGAUGCCUUUCCCAAUCUCAAGAAUCUCCAGAUAGAAUGGUGUAGGAAUCUGGAAUCAGUGUCAAUGUCAGAGGCACCACACGCUGCUCUUGAAGAAGUCACCAUCAUUGACUGCUCCAAAUUAGUGACAUUUGCAGGAGAAGGACUGGCUGCACCCAACUUGACUCAUCUUCAAGUCAGAUGGUGCGAGAAGUUGGAGGCAUUACCACGUGACAUGAAGAGUCUACUCCCAAGUUUACUCUCUCUCCAGAUAUAUGGUUGCCCAAACAUUUGCAGGUUGGCAGAGGGUGAUUUGCCGUCUAACUUGAAAGAACUUGAAGUAGGAAUUUGCGAGGAACAAAUGAGGGAUCUAUCAUGGAUGCCCAACUUGCACGCCCUCACUCGUCUUGAAAUUUAUGGUUCUUACUGCAACAACAUAAAGUCAUACCCAGAGGUGCGUUCGCUGCCUCACCUUCCCUCCCUUACCACUCUUGAGAUAUGGGGGUUCAAGAAUCUGGAGACAUUGGAGUGCAACGAGCUUCUCCGCCUCACCUCCCUUCAACAAUUGCACAUUGUGGGCUGCGAGAAGCUGGAGAAUAUGGAAGGAGAAAAGCUGCCUCCCUCUCUCUUGCGACUUGAAGUUGAUUUUUGUGAUUUGCUGGGAGAACACUGCAAGAACAAGCAUCAACUAAUCUGGCCCAAAAUUUCCCACAUCCCCACCAUUCAAGUCGAUUUCAAACAUAUUUCCUAAAUAGAGAUUUCUGAGCAGGUACAUUGUUAUCAAGUAAAAGUGCCCAAAUGACGGAGAUUUCAUCAUAUAUAAUCUUAUACAAAUAUUUUAGCUUCAAGUUGGUAAAAAGUUCAGAAAUGUUAGAGAUUUCAUUGCACAUGUAUAUAUAUGGAGAUGUAAAGUGGAUUAAUGUGUUGGGAAGCAGUAAUGUUUUCUGAUUUCAGCUUUCAUUUUAAAUGGUAUCUACACUAGUUUAAAUUAAUGACUGAUGUGUAUCAUAUGAUUCAUAUCCACACUACAUGUGGAGUUGCUUGGAUUAUUGAAUUCAAUGCUUUGCUUCAAAGAUAGGAACAUAAGAUGGUUGUUUGGUUAUCAAUAGCAGUCAUGUUUGAACUUUGAACCAACAUGCUAAACAAAUGAAUUUCAAUAUCUAACGCAAGGGUCGUAUCAAACUUGAAUUGUAGGCUUUUUCUUUUUUUUCUUCUAUUUCUUUUUUUUUUUUUGGGUUAAAUUUACAAUUCAAUGGCAUGAUGAUGAUUAACAUCAUUAUUGAAGCUAGCGGAAGUAGUGUUACUUAUAUGUUAGAGCUAUGAUAAUCUACAUCUUACCAAGCAUGAAACAGUUAAUUUAAUUAGCUUCUAAUCAAAGGUAGGUGCAACAGCUUUCAUAAUCCCUUGAAAACAUAUAUGACAAAAAAUAAAGUAACUUCCAUUGUUAGUAAUAUAGGUAUGUGCGCAUCCGUGCAAAAUUGUAAAAAUAAGGUGAGAAAUCAAUCAAAUUAUUCAACUUGUGUACUAAAUAUCACACCGAAAGGAACACAGUUUAUGCCUAUAUAGAAUUACAGAUUUUUGCAUUUUAAAAACAAGGUUUUUGACUUUGAAUACAUUUUUGAGAUUUCAUUGUACUUGUGUAUAUCUGGAGAUUUAAUCCUAUACAGUGGCAAUCAUAUCUUCAUUAUCUUCAUUCAAUUCGAAGUUCAUCUGAGGUGGUAAAUUGGAUUGAUAUGUCGGAACCAGAAGGAAUGUAUAAGAAAUGAAGAAAUGAUGGAGAAAGUUGGAGUAGUCGUUAAAAGGUUUUGUUAUUGGUAUCUUUUGCCCCUUCCCAUAAUUUUAUCUUUUCCUAUUUUGCAAUGGAAAGAAAAAAUGACAGCUUGAUCAGUGGAAAGAAAUCAUUUAUAAAAUGGUGAUCCUGUCUUUGCCAAAUCUUUAUAUAUAUGCCUAACCAAAUUCAAAUUAAAUAAGGCUAAUAAACUGGUUUCCAGGAUUGAAAUGUACUUGUUUUUAACAAGAGCAAAGCUUCAGAUGAUUGCAGAAUGUCUAAUAGCUUUUUCAUCAGAGUCAGUAGGAUAAUAAAAGGAAUCUGCAUGAGGUGUACAAUACUUUCAAAAUAAAAGGAUCAAGUUAUUGUUGUGUAGUUUUUUUAACCAUAGAUUGAAUCAUGAGAUAAUAUUAAAAGUAGAUGCCUAUAUAAGCUAUUUCUAAUACAAAGGAUAGGGGCUUAACAAUAACCAUUUCUUCCUUGUCUUGUUUAUAUGUGUCAACAUGCUAUCUAAAUUUUGGUAACAUAUUUGUACAGUAUCUAUCCUUAUCAUCAGCUAGAACUAAAAGAGUGGAAUUUUUGCCUUCAACUGCUUGUAACUGUUAAUUUGUUUAUCAAAUUGUUUUCCCAAGGUGAUGAAGAUAUAGCUAAUGUCAUUAGAAGCAUCAGACAACAAUUUAGUUUCUAUCAACUUUAUUUAUUGUUAAAAGUUCACAGAUGUUCGGGAUUUCAUUAUACAUGUAUAUAUGUGGAGAUGUAAACUGGAUUAAUGUGUUGGGAUGCAGAAGCAGUGUUUUCUGAUUUCAGCUUUCAUAUCUACACUACAUGUGGACUUGCUUGGAUUAUUCAAUUCAAUUUUUUGCUUGAAAGAUGGGAACUAUAUCUGGUUGUUUGGUUAUCAAUAGCAGUCAUGUUUGAACUUUGAACCAACAAUGUAAACAAAUGCUUCUCUCUCUAAUGCAAGGGUUAUAUCAA